AGGUAAACUAGUCUGACUGAGCCGUUGAGAGUACUCCUCGGAUGUAGUGCAGCAAAAUCUGCAAUCAUCCGAUUUUAUAGCAAAUUAACCUCAAAUUAUUUUGCCCGGAUUAUCUCAAGACAUAUUUUUCAACAUAAUCUCAAUGAGAUUUAUCAGCAGAAGACAACAAUAGCGAAAAUAAGGCGUAUUUGUCUGCCGCCCGGAAUCGCCGCUGCCGUCUGAUUUAGCUAACGUUAGCUAGCAUUGUCACCACAGACCGGGGCCCACAUCAGGGACUUUCGCAGAUAACCAGGGAUUACAGCUUUCUAUUAAUACUUUUUUAAGACACCGUUUUGCGUGAUGGCUUGCGGGGCUACCCUGAAGAGGAGUAUGGACUUUGAUCCACUGAUGAACCAGGCUUCCCCCAAAAGGAGGAGGUGCACCCCGAUCAUGUCUCCAGUCUCUUCACCACAGAAGUAUUUGCGUAUGGAGCCCUCGCCUUUCGGGGAAGUGUCGUCAAGACUCACCACAGAGCAAAUCCUACACAACAUCAAACAGGAGUACAAGCGGCUGCAGAAACGACGACACCUGGACAGCACCUUCCAGCAGGAAAGCAGCUGCUGUUCUCUGGAUCUGCAGAACCAGAGUGGAUCAGCCCUGCCAGGUACGUCCUCCGGUGCCUCGUCUCCCUUCAGGAAAGAGCAGCCUUUAUUUUCCCUCAGACAGGUUGGGAUGAUUUGUGAAAGACUGCUGAAAGAGCGAGAGGACAAAAUCCGCGAGGAGUACGACGAGAUUCUGACGACGAAGCUUGCCGAGCAAUAUGAUGCGUUUGUCAAGUUCACGCACGACCAACUGAUGCGAAGGUUCGGAGAGCAGCCUGCCAGCUACGUUUCCUGAGUGUGGGCCUCUGACGUUAAGGAAUCCAAUUUGCUGCAAAAUUCUCCGGGACUCAUUGGUUCUAGUUGGACUUUUCUCCUAACUGUGCCAUAUCUAUGUGGACUCAGUUUGUGGCGUUGGCUGGGUCUGCCAGAGUUAGGAGGGCUUCCUGCUGCCGACUUGUUUAAGGACUCUCUCUCUCUGUGACUCUACCUGUUGCCUCUUAACCGCCGUGUCAAUAUUUAUUUGGCUUUGUUCUGAUGCCUUCGUAAAAGGCUGACUGCCAAACACACUUUGCCUUUUGAUUUUAUUACGUUUUUGUUUAAUUUAGUUAUUUCACGGAGAGGAUUUUACGACUAACAUCUCGAUGUACAUUUUUGAAAAAAGGGAUUCAACAUUGACAAGUGGACGAGCGAAGGCUGCCUUCAGACUGGACUGCUGGCAUCUUGGCUUUUUUCAGCGUUUUAAUCUGUACAGGCACUUCCUGCUUUUACAUUUGUAUACACUGUAUUCUCUUUUUUUUGCUUGACCUAUUUUCAUUGUACCAAAAUGUCUUGAUUUUAUUUGCUGUAUGUAUAAAGGGGCUUUGAUUCAAGAAGAGCAGACAAAUAAAGUGUUUACACAAGUA